UGGUAUAGAGUGUGUGUGUCUUUAAGCAGCAGCAGUCUAACAGCUCUCAGUGUUUGUUCAGAGUGUUAAUCAGUAAACCAGCAGAACAACUGACUGCAGUCGGAAUAUCUGAAGAUCAACUCACAACACACAGUGAUCAUGGCGGCAGUCGGAGCCGAGGUCGUGAUAUCAGGAGUCGUCAGCUUCCUCUUCCUCCUCCUCCUCCUCAUCCUCCUCUCCAUCCUCCUCACAGCUCUCUGCAGCGAGUGCAGCAGACGUUCGUUCGAGCUAGGAGACUCGGAGGCGGACAAACAUCCUUCAGCUCUCAUCAGAGUGGUGAAGCUGGAAGAAGCCGCGGUGGAGAGAGAGAACCCGACGAUCAACGAGAUCCAAAACGAUGAGAAAGAGUUUAAUCCCGGUGACGGGGACAUGAUGUCCUCCGUCCCUCCGUGGAGGAGCCACCUGGAGACGCCUCAGAGCCUCCGAGAGGUCCCGACCAAUGGCAGCGCAGCAGUGAUGAAGACAGGAAGUGAACCAGCUGGAGAGGGGAACCCUGAAGAGGAGAACUCGUUCCCUUCAUGGAGGAGCCACCUGAACCCAGGUGUGAACGGCUCCGCCCCUCCAGACCACACCUACGACACCAUCGGGGGAGGGUCAUCACCAGCGACCAAUCAGGAGCCAGGAGAGGAGCACAGCGCUCGCUCUGCAGCGGCGGGGGCGGGGGGGGAUUCAGUGUAUGCACGAGUCAGCAAGAAGGUGAGACCGGCCACGCCCCCUCCACAUCAUACACCUGAGGAAGAGGACGAGGACGAGCUGUCUUCCCCUCCGCUGCCUCACAGGACGCCACAGCCAGAGGCCUGAUGGAGGGGGACAUGACACAAAGUCUGAAAGGACGAAGGACGGAGGACGGAGGACGAAGGACGAAGGACGAAGGAGGAAGGACUAAAGACGAAGGACGGAGGACGGAGGACGAAGGACGGAGAACGAAGGGCGAAGGACGGCAUCUAAAGGAAAAACCAUGAAGGAUGAAAUGUGAAGGACGGAGGACGAGAGAUGAAAGAUAAAAGACAACAAAUAUGUAUAUAGUAGUGUAUGUAUAAAGUAGUG